AUGGCGACCCUCGCCGAGGCUUCCACGGCCAACAAAACCUCCGUUGCUGCGACCUCAAGGACUAUCACUCCGAGCCCAGCCAUUUCGAAAGACGAAGGGCCGUUGAUUGGAUCUUGGCUGUGCGCCGAUGGCGAGUAUCGCGAAUACAUCGAAGCGCUGAGCGGCUCCAAUCCUGGCCUGAAGAAAGCCGAUCCAAACAAUGAAAAUGGACCGCUGAUGAACGGCAAAGCGCUUGUUGCGCUCUUGGAUGCACCCAACACUGGAGUACCUGGUUUCCAAACGACAGAAUUCAAGAGCCAGAAAGACCUUCGCAAGCACUUUCAGACAACAUCGCAUGACCAUAACCGCCGGCGAAUCUACCUUAUGGAAGGACUGGCUCCUGAUUACAUCGCAACUGUCGGGGGUCACUUCUUCAUGGAUCCUACAUUUUUCCAGCGACAGGAGAGGACGUGCGUCUGGAGCAACGACUUUACACCAGUGAGCGAUGCAUUGCCUCAACCCAGUUUACUAGACCCAAAGCAGGCUUUCCAUCUCCAAUACUGCGAAUUGAGACAAUUCAACAAGGCACUUGAGAAUCGUUAUUUCUUCUGUGAACGAACGAGACGGCAUGUUGGCAUGACAGCGUCGCGCCUGAAAGAGGAGAGCACGGUAGGUAUAUUGCGACGCAAAGUGGGGUGGUGGUCUCGCGAGACUAAGAAUGGGGGCUGGGAUGCUGUAAUCCUGUGUGACCCUCAACUAUUUCAUCUCUCUCCUGCGCCCAAAGAAGUUGUUCCCGGCGACGGCACACUGCGCCCGAUCAGCAACGUCCGCGAAGAGCUUAAAAACACACCUUUCCAAGACGGCUAUGUCGACUUUAUCCCACCUGUACCUCAUGAUAAGAUUAGGGAUAAGGAACAACACCAGCAUAAGUCGAUGCUGCGCGACAUGCUUCACUACUACCAGCAGCACUCUGACUUGUUUUCACAAGAGGAGUGGGCUACGCCCGAGACAUCAGCAAUCUAUCUGAAGAAGAUCGUUGCUGCGCAUUAUCUUCAGCUUGUUGACUAUAUCAAAGCGAUGCUACCCUCGUUAGAACUUCGGCUUACUACGGCAUGGGUCGAAGAGCAAGGCCAAUGGAAGAGUCUACAAACCAUCUCACGUCGGUGCGGCAACUACCGCGACGAUAUCGAGGACGCAAUGCUCAGUCUUGGCUAUCCUUUAGAUGGUCAGGUGAAUAGCUCUGCCAGGUUGCAGGCGUCAACAUGGAAAGAUUGCGAGAAAGACUUUCAAUACGUCUACUUCCGGCUCAAGAUUCUAAAAGAACGUGCUGAUAACCUCAUGCAAGCCAUGACCGGACUGGCAUCAAUUGCUGGCAAUCGUCAAAACCUGGAAGAGGCCAAACGAGUCAAACGACUCAACCUCCUUGCCCUACUCUUCAUUCCACUGGCAUACACAAGCAGUUUAUUCAGUAUGCAAGACAACUAUGCACCAAACCGAAGCGACUUCUGGGUCUACUGGGUCAGCGCCAUAGGAGUCGUCGCCUUUACUGCUGCCAUUACCUGGGUCUUGGACAGCGCUCUAAACGACGAAGCGCAGUGGACAUGGAAGCCGAUUCGCUCUCUCAAGUUCUGGGACAAUGAACAACCCGUGCCGGGGAAAGUGACGAGAAAAUCGACCGGCCUCUACCGAUUCUAG